AUGGUAAUUAGCUUUGUUUUGUCAGUGAACGGACAGGACAACAAUAUUACCAUUGGAGUUCUACUUCCUUGGACGGGUUCAUGGAGCAUAGGUAGGAGUAUUGGUGGAGCAGUUUCAGUCGCCGUCGAUUAUAUUAACAGUAAUCACAAUAUAUUACCAAACAGGACGUUGCAGUUUGUAUGGAAAGAUACUGGAUGCACUGAAAAACAGGGACUCACGGAAGCCGUGAAUCUAUGGAGUACGACACAACCUCAUGCGCUUAUCGGUGGUGGAUGCGACGAAAUGUGUGAGCCAGUCGGACUAUUGGCCUCAUCUUGGAAUAUUCCCAUGGUUUCAUGGGGCUGUACUUCGAGUUAUCUUUCGGACAAGUUCGAAUAUGAGACAUUCGCUAGAACUGUCGGUCCUUAUACUAAAACAGGACGUAUGUUUGUAGAAAUCAUGAAAUACUAUAAUUGGACAAGAGUUGCCAUUUUGUCAUCUACAUCACACAUGUGGCAACUCACUUCUCAUGACAUUCUAUUAGAUCUACAGGACUAUGGCAUUGAGGUUGUGACAUUCCACACCUUCGACCCCGGGAACGAACAUAUAUCGGAAAAAGUUGCAUUGGAACACAGUCAUGUGCUGGACGAUUCUCUGUUGGUUACUAGAAUUUUCAUAAUAUGCGCGUCUGAUGGAGACAUCCGGGAUAUCAUGCUGACCGCUUUUGACCUGAGUUUGAUAAACGGCGACUACAUAUUCCUGACUAUUGGCAUGCGGUCGGGGUCUUAUAAAGGCGUGAACACGUGGAUGGGUGACGAUGGUAGAGACGCAAUGGCUAAGUUAGCUUAUGCUGCUGUAUUUAAUGUAGAUGUGCUCAUCCCACACACUGACGAAUAUAUAGCGUUUGAAGAGGAGGUUAUUAGACGUCUCAAAGAACCGCCUUUCAAUUAUAAUCCGCCGGAAUAUAUGGAGGUAGAUGGUCAUGCAGGGCGUUUACAUGAUGCAGUACUGCUCUACGCACUCGCGUUGACCGAAGAGCUACAGAAUGGUGGUGAUGAACGUAAUGGUACAUCUAUUGCAUCCAGAAUGAUGCCCAUGACAUUUCACGGGAUAUCGGGGAAGAUGAUUGUCGAUGAAUACGGGGACUGUGAUCCAAACUAUAGUUUACAAGUGUUUAUAGACGACCAUUUCGAGAAGAUCUCAGAGUUUCACACACUCAAUAAUAGCUACCACCCACAUCCUGAAAUACGAUUUAUGUGGCCGGGGAACAAGACGUAUCCACCGAGAGAUCAUCCUCCAUGUGGCUGGCAUGAUGAAUUCUGUCCCGACAAUACCAUGACAAUAAUCCUCGGAGUGUUUGGUGUAUUGUGUAGUGUGGCAGUCGCCGGGGGAUUUGGAUUCAUUUUUUAUUACAGGAAAUCAAAACUCGCUGCAGAGUUAGCAACGUUCGCCCUCUGGAAAGUGGAUUAUGGUGAUAUUAUAUUUUCCAUUAGCGGUGGAGCUAGUGGAAGUAGACGAUUAUUGAACUCUGUUUUGACAAUGUCUAGGUCGAGCAUGUCGAAACAAGACAACACCAGUGAAAGCGCAACGCAGGUGUUUACUCUAACAGGAAUGUAUAAGGGUCAGAUGGUAGCAGUUAAGCGAAUAAAUAAAAAAUGUGUUGAGAUUACAUCAUCAUUGUUAUUGGAACUGAAAAGUAUGCGAGACUUGGUUCAUGACAAUAUAAAUCCUUUUAUUGGUGCAUGCGUUGAUCCAGGUAACUGCAGCAUACUCAUGCAAUACUGCAGAAAGGGAAGUUUACAGGAUGUUUUGGAGAGUGAAAAUAUACAACUGGACGAAACGUUCAAGAUCUCUAUAGCAACCGACAUAUGCAGGGGCAUGCAAUACUUGCACAGAAGUACACUAAAGUCACACGGAAGGUUAAAGUCGUCUAACUGCGUGAUUGACAGUCGCUGGGUUUGCAAGUUAACUGAUUAUGGAAUGGGGGAAUUCAAGGACGGAGAGGAGGCUGAGGAAGAGGAAGGAGAAUAUGCGAAAUACAGUCGCCUACUUUGGACAGCUCCGGAGCAUUUGCGAUUCACGUCACCAGGAUACUAUGGCACACCGGAAGGCGAUGUGUAUUCGUUCGGUAUUAUAUUGAGCGAAAUUGCUACUAGAGGGGGACCAUUUUCUAUGCACACUUUCAACGAACCAAGAGAUAUUAUAGAAGCCGUUAAAGCAGGCAAAGAUCCUGUGUUCCGUCCUCUUAUGCCUACAAGCAUGUGUAAGCCAGCAAUGCACGCACUUAUGAAAACAUGUUGGGCGGAAUCUCCUGCAGCAAGACCUAACUGUGAUAACAUUAGACGAGCUUUGAAUAAAAUGAGUGGUGGGAGGACUAUUAACAUUGUGGAUAAUAUGAUAGCUAUGAUGGCAAAAUACACAGAACAACUGGAAGAAGUAGUUGAAGAAAGAACGAGUCAACUUUAUGAAGAAAAAAAGAGAAUGGAUGAAUUACUUAAUCGCAUGUUGCCUAGAUCUGUUGCCGAACAGCUGAAAUCUGGCGAGGCCGUUACUGCAGAGUCGUAUGACGAAGUGACCGUUUAUUUCAGCGAUAUUGUAGGUUUCACAAAACUAUCGGCAGAAAGCACCCCUAUGCAAGUUAUAGAUCUUUUGAAUGACCUUUACAGUACUUUUGAUGACAUCAUCGACAAUUACGAUGUUUACAAGGUUGAGACAAUAGGCGAUGCGUAUAUGUGCGCAUCGGGUCUACCUGAAAAGAAUGGCCAUCUUCACGCGGGGGAGAUUGCUACAAUGGCUUUAGAGUUACUUAGCUCGUUGGUUACUUUCAAAAUCAGACACAUUCCUGGAAAACAACUACAGCUGCGCAUUGGUAUUCACACAGGACCUGUUGUUGCCGGAGUUGUUGGGCUGAAAAUGCCGAGAUAUUGUCUGUUUGGAGAUACCGUGAAUACAGCAUCGCGAAUGGAAUCCAGUGGACUGGCACUUCGGAUCAAUAUUAGCAGUACUACAGCGUCAUUAUUGCGUCAGAUGGGAAACUUUGUUUUAGAUGAGCGGGGAGAAAUAACCGUCAAGGGAAAACAACCCAUUAUGGCAUAUUGGUUGAGAGGACGUACCGAUAAAUCGUUCACGAUGCCUGACAUGACAAAAGCCGCAGGUUUAGUGGAACAUGAUUUCAAGUAG